AUGGAGGCGGUGAAGACCCUGGAUGAGCGCAAUGGGGUCUCUGUCGUGGCCAUAAAGCGCUACCCCAGGGUGGACCCCAUCCACCUGAAGUACGCCCAAGGCCUGGAAAGGGGCUGCCUCAUCCGGCCCCAAAACUCUUCUGCGCUGGGUGCCAUGGGGAGAUUCAAGCUGGGCACAGAAGAAGCCAAGGGAAAGAAGAGCCAGGAAAAGCAUUCCAAUUUGGAUGGAAAAACAGUGCCCAAACCAAAGAAAGCAGCCAAGAAGCCCAAGGUGAAGAUUCCUGUGGAGAAGGAAGGUUCCUGGGAGAAGAAGGAGGCAGCUCCCAGCAAGACUACCAAAGUGAAAGCUAGCAAGCAUCAGGCAAACCUCCAGCAAAGCCCAAGGCAAAGAAGUACCCCGAGGGGGAGAAAGCAGCCCAAAUCUUCAAGAAACGGAGCUCUUCCAAGGCCUUCCCGGCAAACACACCUGGUGCCCACCCCCUGGGAAACUGUGUUUAAGGAAAGCAAGAGGGGGGCCGAGGCCAAGGCACCUGCAGCAGCCAAGAAAACCAAAGAGGCAAAGGGGGAGAAAGCCAAGGCUGGCCAGGGGUCCAAGCCCCCCACAGCCAAAGGAGGGAGGGAGGGGGAGAAUCCAGCCAGCUGGGGCCCCAAGGAGGCCUGA